AUAGGCUUCUGACCUCUUGGUGGCCCUGCCUGUCUUGCUUUCAUCACAAUCUGUCCUCAGUGUCCACAUCAUCCUACUUCAGGGGCCCUGACUUCUGCACUCUGGCCCUGAAGAUCCAUGUGCCUGUGACUGGGGCCUCCUGAGCAAUCUCUCAGCAAACCAAAGCUGAAUUUAACAACUCAUGUAACGUCUCUACUGGAAGACCCUGGGCUCCCCGCUUUCAGGUACCUCUUGCACUGUGAUGGGGGCCCGGAAGGAGUGGGAGGAGACCUAGGGGUUCUGUGACCUCAUCUCUCUCAUCCCAUCUCUUGGCAGGGUCGGCGAACUGGGAGCACUGACAGAUCCAGCCUACAUCUAUUGGACAUCGGCCAUGGCCAGGCCACGGUGGAUAUUGUUUAGGCAAUACUUCUCAUGUCAUCAAGUGGCUUUUCUUCUAGUUGCACUUGUCUUGGCCACCUUUGGUUAUGGCUACUGGAACCAGAAGAGCCACAGUCACAAAAGUGAGCUAACCAGGGCAAACAUGGGUGAUAGAGAACGGUAUAGACUGAAAGAUAAACCAUCAUCAAAGUUGAUUUAUCCCCAGCCAAGAGUGUUUAAACCCACUAGGAGAGAUGUCCUUGUUUUGUCCAGUUGGCUUGCCCCAGUUGUGUGGGAAGGGACUUUCAACAUCGACAUCUUAAACGAGCAGUUCAGACUCCAGAAUGCUACCAUUGGAUUGACAGUCUUCGCUUUAAGAAAACACACGGCAUAUCUGAAGCAGUUCCUGACGUCUGCUGAGACGUUCUUCAUGGUGGGACACAGAGUGAACUACUACGUCUUCACUGACAAGCCUCACACCGUCCCUCAGAUCCCCCUGCAUGAUGGAAGAGAAAUGACCGUCUUCCAGGUCCCAGGUUUUGACCUCUGGCAGGACAACUCCAUGCAGCGCAUGGAGCUGAUUAGCACUUACUCCACGCAGCGUUUUCACAAGGAGGUGGCCUAUCUGGUGUGUUCCGACGUGGAUGUCAAUUUCCAGCAUGACGUGGGUGUGGAGAUUCUCUCUUCUUUGUUCGCUACCCUCCAUUUGAGCUUCUACAUGGUCAAGCGGGAGCUCUUCCGGUACGAGCGGCGGCCUGAGUCACAGGCUUAUAUUCCAAAGGACGAGGGGGACUUCUACUACACAGGGUCCUUAUUUGGGGGAUCGGUGGCAGAGGUACACAGGCUCGCUAAAGCCUGUCACCAGAUGAUAGUAACAGAUAAAAUGAAUAAAAUUGAGGCCGUGAGGCAUGACGAGAGUCACCUGAACAAGUACCUACUUUACCACAAACCCACCAAGAUCCUCUCUUCAGAGUACAUGUUCAGUGAACAGACGGCGUUUGAUUGGUGGGUGCGGAGUCAGCUGAAUGUGUUCAGCCUCAUCAAGCAUGUUAAAAUUUUGGACUUGACGAAGAAUCACACAUUUGUACACGACGAACCUGAAUAA